CAUACCCCCUUCCCGCCACCUCCAAAACCCGAGAGAGAGAGAGAGAGAGAGAGAGAGAGAGAGAGAGAGAGAGAGAGAGAUGUUGGAGGCCAAGUGUCUGAAGAAAGCAGUAGUUCCUUCCACUCUAAUUGAGAAUCCAUCUCCGGGAAGCCUUCAAAGCACUCGCCUUGCUCUCCAUGUUAGUCAGGACCAACGUUCUUGUUUUGUCUACAUAGCCUCUGGUCCUCACAUUUAUAAGCUCCAGAUUACUCUGGGAGAAUCUUCAGUCAACAAAGGAAAAGAAAGCCUCUUGAUACCUGAACACACUGAGGUAGUUGCUUCUUCAUUAGUCAACCGAUGCCCUCAUCGUUCAGAAAUUCAGAGUAUUGUUCUUGCUGAAGUGGAGAGCCAUGGCUGCUUAAUGUUGGGAAGUGUGGAUUCGUAUGGUCAUCUUAUUGUAUCUAAACUGGAUGCGUCUGGUAAAGAUGUUGACAGGCUUACAUAUUCAGUAUUGCCUAAUGAUAAUGGUAUUGGGGAAGGAAGUUGGUCAGGACUCUGCUUUAGCCCAACACAGUGGUCUAUGGCAGCUGUUGCCCGUAGCCUUUGCAAAACCAUUGAUAUUUAUGACCAGGACAUCCACAUUCGCACAUUACGACCACUCUGGUAUCCUACUUCAUUAAACUUCAUGCAAAAUGUAAAUGGGAAUCAAAGUUCUACGUUAGCUAUUACUGAAGGAAGCCAGCUGACUAUAUGGGACUUGAGAAUGAAAGAAAAUGGUGGUUGUGUACAUCGGAUUUCUGGCAUCCCUGGCAAUAUGUUAUAUGCUGUUUGCAGUUCUUCCAAUGGUAAUGUUGCUGUGGGUGGAGCUGAUCGUACUGUGACUAUUUAUGAUCCUCGCAGAUGGACAGCAAUGUGUAGAUGGGUCCACUGUUCAAAAUUUGAGAUAACAGGGUUGGCUUUCUCCGCAGUUGAUCCUGAUUAUAUCUAUAUUCAAGGGGUUGAUCAUGAGGUCUUUUGUGGUCAAUGGAAAGAAAGCAACAAAUUGUUUUCAUUUAGAGGAGACUCAAACUGGCUUGGCUUUAGUAAGUGCUCCAACAAAGAUGUUUUGGGAGGAUGGUGUGACUCGGGUAGCAUAUUUAUAGCUGAUGUUGAGUGAAAUUGAUAAAUUGGUGUCUGUCCAGUAGUGUUCCCUUCUAUGCAGAUGUUUUUGUUGCUUCAAUGUGUGUAACCAUUGUAGAGUCUCAUGUGUCAAGGGAAAAAGAAAAAUAGUGAAUUUAUUGUUUGAAAAUUUUUCAUAAGCAAAACAUGUUGCAAUGCAUUUCUAGCCACAGAAUGUGAAUUCAGAUUACGGAUGCAUUAUUU